CCUAAAUCAUAAAGUCCGCUUAAGGAAUUUCCAGCUUUCGUUUUGCGAGUUGUCAUAAGUCUCUGUCAAUUUCGCAUUGUGUGACUGCAAAUUUAAAACUUAAAACUAUGCAAAGUGGGGAAAUAAGGCUACAACAUUAUACGAAUGCACUAUAAUUGUGAGGACAUACUAUCAUUGUGAGAACACAUGUCAACUAACAUGGCAGAGCAAGGAAUGUUGCUAAAUGUACUCAGUGCUAAACAAGGAACGCGCUCAAUCCGUGCUUCAUCAAGUAGUGCACGGAACAGUUUAACAAAAGAAAACAUUCCUAUUAAAAGCAUUCUAUUGGAGUUUUCUUCUGUGAUACAAGAAAAUCUUAAGAGAGAUAGUCCAACCUUAACCAUUAGAUUCAGAGAAAAUGGUGAUAACGUUGAAUGUAUAUUAGGUGGUACUACACAGGAAGUAGGGAAUGCUAAGUCUAAUUUACUUUCCAUGGAGAGGGAUCUUAAGGAAAAGAAAUUAUUGUUCGCAACAAAUACAUGUUCAGAUCUUAAACGUUUUUCUAUAGAUAUAGAACACAUCGUGAGUAAUGUACUGAAGAACGGUAAUCAGCAUUGCGUCGCCAAACAGGUUAAUAACGAAGUCUUCCUUUAUGGAUUCGACAGAAAUGUGAUUGAUAAAGCAGCCACGUAUUUGUCGAGAAAUAUUUCUCAUAAAGAUUUCAUGCUUUGUGGUAGCCUAAGAGAAAAGAAAGCAGCUGUUACUGAUCAUUUUAAGAAAGGAUAUCAAGACAGAAUAGUUGUUUAUAUUGAUGAGACCUGUCGUCUUAACUUACUAGGUCAGAAAAACGCCGUUGACGAAGCAUGCUCUGAGUAUGUAGAAAUCAGUGAGGGAAGAAAGUCAAUUUCGCCGACGAAUAUGCUUCCACAAGGAAAAACAAAAGUUACACAAAAGUUUGGUCCGCUUGAACCAUUUCUUUUCAGAUUUUUUAGCAAGUCAGUUCAGCUUGAACAGGUGGUAAAUUUGGAAAAAGUUGGUGUAGAAAGGGCUGAAUCAGAUUGUUCCUUUUUUAUUAAAGGCGAGGAAGAAAAUGUUUUACGGGCUAUUGGAUAUCUGAAUGAAAUCUCACCGUCUAUUUGUACAAAUAAACUGAAGAUUUCCUCCUCGGGUCCAAUAAGCAUCAUCAGAUCACCUGAAGAUAAAGGCGAGUUUGAGAAACACUUACAAAAGUUUAAUGUAUUACUUGAAAAGAAAAUAACAUAUGUUUGUGGAAGGUUACAGGUUACCAACAGGCUUCACGACAAUUACAGCAGUAUGUGGUUAUCCUUAAGUGGCAAAACACUUACUGUCAAAUUUUCAGCGUUCGAUGAUUUAUGUGUAGACAAGAAGUUUGUGAUGAACAAGAGGGAUCCAUCUAAAGGUGUCAAAUUUAAAGGUAUAAACGAUGUUCUUGUCGAAAUCGCUGUUCCGGAUAAGGUUAGCCGAGGACAAACCGAUGACAACACGAUAGGCGAGAUUAUAAACACUACUCUUGGGAAAGUUGCUUCUAGCAGCGCAAAAGUGGUAGCAUUUCUGAUUUCGCCUUUUGCAAAUUGGGAUUUCAAAAGUAUCAUGAGAAUUAUGGUAAACAGUUUCGUUGAGUGGCUGAUGACAUCAGGAACAGCUGAAGGUUUUUCAGUGAUACUUGGCGUAGAAAAACACGCUGAUUUUGUGGAAACAGAUGAAUAUUUUGGAUCCCGUUUAUGGAUCAAAAUGAAAGGCAAUUACAUUUAUAUUUAACUUUUAUAAUUUUAUAAUUAGUGAACAGUU